AUGAAUAUUCCUUAUUUACCCAAAGAUGAAUGGUUUGAAAAAAGUAAACCUGUAAUAAAUGAAUUUGCAUAUUUUUAUGCUAUGGAUAUACUAGAUGAUUUGAGUAUUUUGUAUUGUUUUGAAAUUUUAAUAUCAAUUGAUGAGGUAUACAAAAGUCGGAAAUUGAAAUAUCUACAACCUGAAAAGCUGAACAUGUUGUACGAGUUGUAUGUAGAUUAUAUGAGAAAUGGUGCACAGCGAAAUGAAAAAAUUUGUAAAUUUGUUGAGGAAAUGUUGAAAGAUCAAUAA